AACAUGGCCAAGAAUUAUUGGGGGUUUUUCCUGCUGUCCCUAACCCUAGGGUUGAUGUUCGGUUUGAGUCAGCAGAGUAGAAGAGAUUACUAUACGGCUGGCGUUGUGGAGUUUAAGCCAUCAAAUUUAUUGUCCGAUAAUCUGGCCGCCUAUGUGGAGAUCAUUCAGUCGAGGAAUGCCAGCCUGACUGAUAUUAUUGUGUUCCCGGAGAGCACGCUCAACGACAUGGGUCCAACGACCUUUGUACCCAAACCCGAAGAUCAGAUAAAUCCCUGUUUGAGUGAUCCUAACUUAACCCUCUAUGAAGAGUUCCUCGUGACCCUCUCAUGUGCAGCCCGCAAUGCCAGCAAGUACAUUGUGAUCAAUCUCACCGAGAAGCAGAAGUGCGAGGAUGUACCGGAGGACACGAGACCAUGUGCUUCUAACGGACUGAAUGUCUUCAAUACCAACGUGGUCUUCGAUCGUGAGGGAGUGGUGGUGUCCAGAUACCGAAAGGUGCAUCUGUAUGGUGAACCCAAGAACAGCACUUAUCUGCCGGAAUUGAGUACUUUCGAAACGGAUUUUGGAGUGACCUUCGGACACUUCAUUUGCUUCGACAUCCUGUUCUAUACGCCAGCCCAUCAGCUGGUGGAUCAGGGAGUCACGGAUUUUGUCUACCCGGCCAUGUGGUUCUCUCAGUUGCCAUUUCUCACAGCCGUUCAGAUCCAAUUGGGUUGGGCCUAUGCCAAUGAUGUGAAUCUGCUGGCUGCUGGAGCAAGUGACCCCACUUUAGGUGCCAGCGGCUCUGGAAUUUACCAAGGACGCAGUGGCUCACUGAAGAGUGUGAUGCGUCAGGAUUCCGGAGAGCGGACUAUAUAUGUAGCCCGAGUGCCCAAAUAUCAAGGCAAGAGGCGGAUAAAAAGAGAUCUCGCCCGGCAGGUGGCCACCAAUUCGAGUUACAAUAUAAAACGUGAUUACCUGGAGAACUUCACCACCGAAGAGCUGCAAAUCGAGGCUGGGAAGAGCGGUAACUUUAGCAAGAUUCUAUGUCAUGGUGGCCUCUGCUGCCAUUUCGAUGCCGCGUGGAGAGCUUUAGAGAAUCCUGCAGGGAACAGCAGUUACUAUAGAUAUCGAGUGGGCCUUUUUGAGGGUUGGCGGAAUGAGAAGCGACUGGAUGUCAACUAUAUAAGGAACUGUGGCUUGUUUACCUGCUCUGGGGAUUCCAUAGAUGAUUGUGGUCAGCUGCUGCCUGAUGCUCAGCACUCCCUGGUGACCUUUACCCAGCUGGAGAUCCGGGUUAACUAUCCGCAUUCCAGGGAGUUCCUCUUCUUUCCCGACACCCUGCUGGAUAAUCUGAUGCCUCUGGAGCCCAAGCAGUUCGAAUGGGCCCAGCAACAGCCUUCUGGGGAUACCCACCAAGUGAGAUUCGCUCUAAGGGAAGCCCAAGAGGUCAGUCACCUCUUGACCUUUGCCAUUUACGGCAAUUAUUACUAUAAUGAUUGCACUUAUGGCGUGGGAACUGUCGAAGAGCAACUGGCUUGCGGUUAUCAUAAUCCAAAAAUAUGAAAAUAAUUCUGUUUCUGUUCAUUUUUGUAACAUUUUUUAGGCGUUUUUAAUAUUUUGUGUGUAAAAUUUAUGAGGAAAGCCUAAAAUUCUACCUCAAAAAAGGCUUUAAAAGACUUAUUCAUGCGCUAAUCUUUUGACAUAAUACUGAUUAC